AUGAACUUUGGACAAUGGUCAAGCUCACGCCGUCUGGGGGUGAAGAAGUGUGAAUGGGAGCACCGUCUAAACAAAGAACUGAUUCAAUGGAGUGGGGCAUACGCGAAGUGGAAGACGAGGAAGAGGCGAGAUAUGGAUUCUCGUGAUGCUGAGACUGGAAAGGCCUUUGAGCUCCCAGAACUCAAGAACUUCAACUUCAUAUCAUUCUGA